UUGGAUGUACACAAUUCGGUUGUAAAUGGACUUGCGUGUAUCGGAGUAAAGACACUAUUUCUAACGCUAUAUCACUGGAUAAAAAAUAAAAAUGGAUAUCAUAAAAAAUACUGUGGUCUUUUUCACAAUAUUGCACAUAAAUGGUGUCCUGGGUGCCAUUAUAUCCGGCACGUUCUCGGUUUCUGAAGGAACUGUCCCAAACUUAGCUGGCACUGAAGGUAUCACCGUUCGAAAUGGUAGUGAAGUCGAAUUUCGGUGCACUUACAAUACCGUGCCAACCCCGGGAGAAGUUGCUGCUCAUGAGUUCCACUCCAAUGCGAAUGUUCAACCAUCGCCAUAUUUUUUCCGAUACGUACACCCACCAAUAGAUGUCCCCCCAGGCCAAGCUAAUCCAGUGAUUGAAGCACCGUUCAAGUCGCCAAUUCGAGUGGUACGACGAGAUGGCACUAACUUUGGUGGGAUACGAGUGAAUCCUAUUUUACUCUCGGAUGAAAAUAUUUAUAAAUGUAAGGUUAUCUUGGUAGCACACGAAAGUUUUCCGUCGCCGAUUGUAAUAAUUAACGUAGUUGCUAUCCCUCAUUUUCCGACGUUGAGCGGGCCCAUUGGCGGCAUCGUUGCGGGGAACCAGCUGACCUUGACCUGUUCAGCGAACGUAGGCAAGCCGAAGGGAGAACUAAAAUGGCUGAGACAGCUACGGACCGAGUCAUCACCGGUCGUCGUACAGAAGAACAAAACUGAAUCAGAAACAGAAAAUGGCGAUGGAUCGUUCCAAGUUAGUGAGUUGUAUACUGUGGAUAUUGUACCGGAUACGUACGAUGGGGCAAAGUUUUUCUGCGAGGCACGGAACGCAGCUUUAACGUCGAGUGAGGGUAGUCCUAAUGCCGAGAUGACUUUGAAUGUGAGAUACCCUGUUCGCGAUAUCAAAGUGACCCCCAUCGACCAACCUCACUACCCUGGCCAGCAGUUCAAAUGCGAGGCCGUGGGCAACCCCACCCCAAGCUACCAAUGGACGAAAAUGAACGGAUCGCAAACACUGACGACUUCUGGGAGUACAUUGACGAUACCAGAUACGGCGACACCGGAAUCACUUUUCUAUAAAUGUGCGGCAUCUAACACGCCGGGAAGCUCGGAGGUACAGAUUUCGUACACCCUCAAUGUGAACAUAACAGCCGCACCGACGACGAUGCCUCCGACAACCGAAAAACCGACGCCAACGACUCCGACACAACAAACACCGAAACCCCCAGGUCCCGCUACUGGAGCCAAGGUGGAUGCACGAAUGAUAGGUGGAAUCGUUGGUGCUCUUAUUGCCAUCAUCAUCAUUAUCAUCAUCGUUAUAUGCGUGUGCCGGAACAAGAAGAAAAAAGAGGUGGAAAAUGUUGAGAAGGGCGAGAAGUUUAAGAAUGAGCCGAACAAUGCCAACAACAUUCCGAUGGGCGGCUACGACGUCGACGUUGACGACAACUUCAACCCUGCAGAAGAUCCCCAGAAGAAGAAAAACCUUGAAGGCCUCGUCUAUGCCGACCUCAACUUUGACGACAGACCGCGCAGUCGGAAACCGAUUCAGAUCCAAGAAGAAUUCGACCAUUCAAAUUACGCCGACAUUCGACGGGUAUAGAAACGACGAAAUGCGAGGACAAUGUUUUAUAUUCGUGCUUCCAGCGAACGUUUAGAGGAGUCUUUCCGAAAUUUGACUAGCCACCGAGCGGACCAAGCUCAAAAAGUUGCCAGAGAUUAGGGAUGGUAAUCACGCGGGAAUUUUGCCGUUUUUUGGCGAUGAUAUUAAGAAUGAUAUAGGAAGUGAUUCAAACGGGAAGAGAGAAAUUGAGGAGAUUAAGUGUUUUCUGUCUUUUCUGGGUCAACUUGGCGGAUUGUGCGCUUUUUCGUGAGAAGUGACAAUUAGAACUGGAAACGGAAAGAUUUGUCAGAGCGAGAGAAGGAUUUUGUGACUCAUUUGAAGGAUUUUGGAUUAUUUGAAGGAAUAGAGGAGAAAGAAGGGAUUUUUAGAAUGAUUAUCAAGGAUGGUUAGACUUCUUGGGGUGAUUCCUAAGAUCAGGAUUCCAGAUUGUGGACCUACAGACAAACUGGCUGUAUUGCAUUUUUCAACACAUAUCAAUUUUUACUGUGAGCUUAAUGGGUUUUCGCACGUUAUGCCCGGUGGCGCGCAUGGUGGCCAAGAAAGUAAACGCGGGUCAGGUACGAAUGUGAAACGAAGUUUAUGACUGGGUGGUCUUAACGCUAUUGAUGUUUGUUGAAGAGGGGGUUAUGAAAACUCACGCAGGAUGAUGAAGAAUUUGGUUCUUUGGGGGAAAUGCGUUGUGAAGAUGCAAAUAUCUUGCUAUACGAGUGGUUUUCUAGUAUCCUUCGUUGAGGAAGCGAUGUAAGGUUAUAAAACUUGAUAUCAAGAUGAAACUUAAUGUAAGAUUUCAAGACAAAACUUAACAUAAGAAUUCUAGAUGAAACUUGAUUUGAGAAUUCAAGACAAAAUUGGUAAAAGAGUUCAAGACAAAACUUGAAUUGAUGUAAGAAUUCAAGACAAAACUUGAUACAAGAAUUCAAGACAAAACUUGAUAUAAGAAUUCAAGACAAAACUUGAUACAAGAAUUCGAGACCAAACUUGAUACAAGAAUUCAAGACCAAACUUGAUAUAAGAAUUCAAGACAAAACUUAAUGUAAGAAUAAGAACACAACAGUUCCGCGUUUGAGCAAAAUAACAAUGUUGCUGCACUGUGCUCUCGAGUGAACUCUGAAGAGUACACAGCGGCUGCCCUGGUACCUGGUUCUGUGAGCAGGGGGCGCUGGAUCAAGUCAGACGCAAUCUUACAUGGUGCUUGGUGUGGAGAUCUGAACAUUAGUUUAUCGCAGUUGGUUAAUACAUCCUAUGUCAAUCUCGCUAAAGGCGUCAAGCUGUCAUUCAUCUACGCCCUCGCUGUGUUUGAUGAAACAACCAAUAUCUCCAUUUCGAUAUCAAUUCCUUAAACUACAUGUAACCAGUCAUCUUUAACCCUCUGAAGCCUGAUCUCGACUUUAACCGACAAGAAAACCCUAUCGGUUUGCCGGAUCUCGACUAUAGUCACAAAAUUUAUCGGCCAAAAAAUUCAUCGGUACCCCUUCACAUAAAACGCUUAUUACAGCUUACUGAGUCUGAGGUAUUCCGAAUGACAACUUUGGUUGCGUAGUGCGGUAGCUGUGCAUGAUUUUCAUGUAAGGUUUUCCAGGGCGAAAAUUUUACUUCUGUGAGUAUUUUGGCGUCAAAGGGAAUGUAAGCAACAUUUUGCUCCAAAAAAUUCGGGCUUUAUGGGGUGGUAUCUCUGUGGAAACUCGGGCUCCAAGGGUUAAGUUAAUAGUAGCCAGUCAUCUUCAGUUGUGGUGGAACUAAUGUAGAAUAAGAUGUUAUACUGGGUGUUGUAAAAAACAGUCGGAGAUUUUUGUGGGGCUUUCCCUAUAAAUACAAUGAAGAUUAGGCAUUCCUUCCAAUCAACCUCCAUCCAUUAUCAACAACAGUCACACUUCACUUCAUUAAUUCUGUUCUGUUGUAUAACGAAUGCGUAAAUAGACAGACUUCGUAUAAUUGCGCACAAUAAUUUUAUGUAAGGAUAUGAUUACUGGUCGGUGUUUUUUGCUGACGCGAUCAUUGGGCUUUGUCCCUUUGUGAAGUUACCUUCUUCAGAAUAGCGCAUGCACUGAGGCAAUAAAUAGCUCGGAAUGAAUUUCAUGGUGGCUAAAAUGACGUCUGGACUCGGAGAAAUUUGACUUCAAUCAAGUCUCAUCUUCUCACGCAAUUCACAACUUUGUCCUUAAAGGCCUACAACGUUCGUUAAGAAUUUGAGAUUUAUAAUUGAAUUUGUAUAAAACGUAACGAGCAUAAAUUCCAGCGUUGCCAUGUGCCAUUUGUGUGCGUAUGGGGAGUGAAUGCAUUCAAAACCCAGGGCUGCAUGGUUGGGGGGCUUCAAAGAAUCUCAACUUCGAUUCAUAAGUGAAUAUAAUUAUGUCGGCGAGGUUAAAUUACUUUCGUUAGAAGAAGAUUUGCCCGACGACCUCUCAAUUUGCUGUUUAUGUAUUGGAAACUUGGCUAACAUUUUGAAUGUAGUCUUACGCUUAACUAAUGGAAACUACCAACUUCAUUUUCAGUGUCACCCAUGGUGCCACACUAUUUCCAUUUCUAUUCAAUAUCAAAUGUAAAGAUUGUAUCAUACACUGUUGUAAUCAUUUAUGUAAUUUUUGUACCGAUUUGUAUAGCUUUGAUUGUAGAAUAUUAGCUGUGUGUUCUGUGGGAAUGUUUGUUCUUAAUUUCCCAAGGUAUUACUCCAAAAGUGGCAUUUGUACCUUUAUUUUGGACCAAUCUUAACAAAGCAAGUGUUGGGGUGUUGGAGGACUUCCUUUGUUCAAAUGCUGCUUCUUCUUCAAAGCUAGCUCUGAACUUAGAGGUGUUAUUCUCCAGGGAGUAUUCCUCCUCCAAGGCGGGAUGAGCGUUAUUACAUGCCACUAAGGUUGGGCACCAAUUCGGUUUAUUGGCCCAGUGGCUUUGUCUUAGGCCGGAGUACAUUGCAAGAUACUCACGUUUCUCACUCGGUUUUGAAGUCUCAUUUGAAGUACGGUAAAGAACAAGGAAUGUUAGUUACUUGAAAGCCUCAUCGUUUCAUCGAGAAAUACAAUCCUGGGAUUGAACCCGUGCCGUACUGUGUGGUAGCCAGCAGUGUUACCACUAGGCCAUGAGGCGCUUCUCGUUCAAAUAUUCAAUUUCAGUUUCAAAUUUCUAAUAUUAAGGAACGGUGUCAGCCUUUAAACAAUGUGGCCCCACGAAAGUGCAGGUUUGCAAAGAAAGUCAUCUCUCGACUCAACACUUGUUUUGUAAAAUUUUGUCACAAAUAAAGACAUUGUGCCAUCAUCGGCCCACAGCAGUGCCUUGGGAAAUGAGGAUUAGUUGAAAAUUUCCAGUAUGAUUUUCAGUUUUUUAGCUGUGACAGUUUCGUAUUGAGUUUGGUCCUUCAUAUCCUAUUCAGUCCGUGGAUAUAUCAUAUCGUAGGAUGGGGCUAGUGGACUUAAAAGUUGAGGAAGGUUCCCUUAGGGCUUUGAUUUAAUACAAUAAUAGUCGUACUUCCACAUAUCAAAUCCCUGUGUCUUUUGCGCUUACACCUAUGAAUUGCUGUGUCUAAAUAGACCCGUGUGUCAAAUCCCCGUGUCUAUUAGCCCCAUCGAGCUCGAUGGGGCUAAUUUAGACCCGUGUUCAACACGGGUUAUUUGAUAGGUGGAAUCUGAAUAGACACGGCACUUGUAAGUUCUAAGAUCCGGCGACAGAUGGCGCGGUGUAGUUGCCUCGGUAUUGCGCAUGCGAAAUUCCCCUCUAACGGGAAAGAAACACAGGAGAGCUCCCUACCUACAGCGCACCUGUCGCCGGGGCUAUUAACCAUUAUCUAACACCACUGAUAGGUGUAAGUGCGCCCCAGGUUUUUUGACACACGGCGAAGACAAGGGUCUUGAAAAAACAAGGGGUUUUAUGAUGGGUAUAACUACGACUAUAAUGGGGAGAGGGAAUCGAAAUGUCAGAUUUGCUUUUACGGUGCCACCAAGGUUCAUUAACAGGUGGUGUCCACUUGAGCAUCAACCGUUGGAUUGAAGAAAAAAACAUUUUGCACACUUACGUGACAAUUGCCUUCCAAUUUGUUUAUUUUUCCUUCAAAAGUGAAGAAAAUUCGUUAUAAUUUUCAUCUAAAUUGUACGGUGGCUCGGAAAGGACAUCACAUAAUUUAUGUUUUUUCAACAUGCCGUACUGUGUGGUAGCCAGCAGUGUUACCACUAGGCCAUGAGGCGCUUCUCGUUCAAAUAUUCAAUUUCAGUUUCAAAUUUCUAAUAUUAAGGAACGGUGUCAGCCUUUAAACAAUGUGGCCCCACGAAAGUGCAGGUUUGCAAAGAAAGUCAUCUCUCGACUCAACACUUGUUUUGUAAAAUUUUGUCACAAAUAAAGACAUUGUGCCAUCAUCGGCCCACAGCAGUGCCUUGGGAAAUGAGGAUUAGUUGAAAAUUUCCAGUAUGAUUUUCAGUUUUUUAGCUGUGACAGUUUCGUAUUGAGUUUGGUCCUUCAUAUCCUAUUCAGUCCGUGGAUAUAUCAUAUCGUAGGAUGGGGCUAGUGGACUUAAAAGUUGAGGAAGGUUCCCUUAGGGCUUUGAUUUAAUACAAUAAUAGUCGUACUUCCACAUAUCAAAUCCCUGUGUCUUUUGCGCUUACACCUAUGAAUUGCUGUGUCUAAAUAGACCCGUGUGUCAAAUCCCCGUGUCUAUUAGCCCCAUCGAGCUCGAUGGGGCUAAUUUAGACCCGUGUUCAACACGGGUUAUUUGAUAGGUGGAAUCUGAAUAGACACGGCACUUGUAAGUUCUAAGAUCCGGCGACAGAUGGCGCGGUGUAGUUGCCUCGGUAUUGCGCAUGCGAAAUUCCCCUCUAACGGGAAAGAAACACAGGAGAGCUCCCUACCUACAGCGCACCUGUCGCCGGGGCUAUUAACCAUUAUCUAACACCACUGAUAGGUGUAAGUGCGCCCCAGGUUUUUUGACACACGGCGAAGACAAGGGUCUUGAAAAAACAAGGGGUUUUAUGAUGGGUAUAACUACGACUAUAAUGGGGAGAGGGAAUCGAAAUGUCAGAUUUGCUUUUACGGUGCCACCAAGGUUCAUUAACAGGUGGUGUCCACUUGAGCAUCAACCGUUGGAUUGAAGAAAAAAACAUUUUGCACACUUACGUGACAAUUGCCUUCCAAUUUGUUUAUUUUUCCUUCAAAAGUGAAGAAAAUUCGUUAUAAUUUUCAUCUAAAUUGUACGGUGGCUCGGAAAGGACAUCACAUAAUUUAUGUUUUUUCAACAUGAAAAUUUUUUUUCAUGAAAUAUCUCGAUCGAUGGAUUUAUUAUCAUACCCUUUUCUGUUAUGUAAUGUGUAUAUUUUCCAGAAAUAUGUAACAAUGCAUGAGUUGGAGAGAAAGAUUUAUCUGUAAUGUCUGAUGCCGUUCUAAAACUGCAUGAAACAAGAAGUGUAUAUUUUCUAUUGAAACUUUUGACGCUGAGAGAAAUUUUAAUUUCGUCUAAUUUUCUAAUCUAAGUGCAUGUACGAUGAAGGUUGUAAUGUUUUCAAAGUAUUUAUGGUAGAAAUCUACAUGUAGAAACUGCAUGCUUCGGUUUAAAUUAUACUUUGAUUCUGGGUUAACCCUCAAUGUGCUAACUAGAUGUUGUAAAAUUUCGAUAGCAAAAAUUGUGAAUAUUUUGAAAGAAUUGUUUGUAAAAUUUUGAAAUUUAUGAAUUUUGAACUGGAAUCCCUCCACGAUUGUGAAUAUAUCAUCAAUUCAAAGAAUAUUGAAGAAGAUUUGUAAAAUAUUGAUAGGUACAAAUUUUUAAGUGGAAUCCCUCCAAGGUUGUAAAUGCAUUGUCCAUUCAAGAAUUGCUAUUUUCUAAAUCCAUCCUUAAAAUGUUUUAUCAAUCUGUCCAGAAGUUUUGAUACUUAAAUUGUGGUAAAUUGAUGUAAUUCUAUCCUGCCAAAAGCCAUUGUGCUUUUAUGCCAUCCAAGAUUCUGCCUCUGGGGAGGAGUUUUGCAGUGUUGGUUUGUUUCAGCUGUCCGACAGAUACACUGCAGUUAAAAUUUGAAAGAACUUUAGUGUAUAUCAUCAAGAAUUUAUAAAGACUAGUCUUCAUUUCUUCUUCUUUCUCAGCGCUCACUCUGCACUUGGAGGUGAUUUUCGCCAGGGAGUAUUCCUCCUCCAAGGCGGGAUGAGCGUUUAUGCCAGAAACUGCUGGGCCAUUCAGGUUUAUAGGCCUAGUGAGUCGGACUUCAGCGAGAGGUUGAGUCCACGCAAGCUACUCACGUUUCUCUCUUGGUAGGGUCUUUGACCUGCCCUGGCAUUGACACCAGAUACAAGGAACCUUGGUAUCAAGUCUCAUUUGAAGGACUGUGAAGAGCCAGUAAUUUUCGUUCCUUGAAAGCAACGUCGGUUCAUCGAGAAAUACAAUGCUGGGUUAUCCCCGGGAUCAAACCUGUAGUAGCCAGCAGUGUUAACCACUAGGCUAUGAAGCUCCAUGCUAGUCUUCAUCAAUUCUUUAUAUUACCAAUGGAUAUUGUUGUGUUAAACUUCGCUGAAGGGGGUUGGGGUAUCACAGCAAUCUUUCAAAUAGCUGUGAGUGCUUGAAUAGCACCGGCAUUGAUAGUAGAGACUUGCCGAUUGUAUAUAUAUGUGUAUAUUCUUCAAUUAUUCUAUGUAAUUCUAACACUGUCAGGACAUUGUUAUACAAUUAUGUAAUUGAAUAAAAAACAAUUGAUAAA